AUUUGUUUCCCCCCAAGAAAAUCGAACAGAUAUCCCUGUUUCGGAGAAAGCUUCUUCUCCAUCUCUAGUUGCAGAGAACUCGACCAAGCUUUCAUGGCGAGAGGAAAGAACUUGAAGAAUCCCUUCCUCACGCUCUCUCCUUCGGCAAUCUUUCAGUUGUUCUCACUAUCGCCGAUAAAUUCACCGCUGCUCUCUUCCAAGAAGAGUCCGAGAAAACACCAUAGCCUCUGUACACCGCCGGCCAUCUCUUUCCUCUUCCUUUCUCUCAUGGUUUCCUUCACUUCCUCGGCAGUCGUCGUCCUCAGGUUAAUGUUUCCUCCUCAAGAUUCAGUACCGUGCUCUCUAACGUCUCCCUCACCUUCAUCUUGGAAUCGUGCUGCCUCAUCUUCAUACUUUCAGCUUCUCCUGGAUUCAGAUUCGGACAGUAAGGAGGAGCUGAAGAUGGAGAACGGAGUGAUGGUUCCGUUGCCGGUUCACGCCAUGGUCGGAAAUUUGUCUGAGGAAGAGAGAGAGUUUUGGAAGCAGCCGGAUGGAGAAGGGUUUCGCCCAUGCUUGGAUUUUAGCAUUGAGUACCGGAAGAAGUCUGUGAAAAUCUCGAAAGAGAAGAGGAGGUUCUUGAUGGUGGUAGCUUCGGGUGGACUGAAUCAACAGCGCAAUCAGAUCGUUGAUGCUGUGGUUAUUGCUAGAAUUCUUGAAGCUGCACUAGUUGUGCCAGUCUUGCAGGUCAAUCUGAUUUGGGAAGAUGAGAGUGAAUUUCCUGACAUAUUUGAUGUGGAACACUUCAAGAGGACUUUGCAAUCUGAUGUGCGGAUUGUAUCUUCUCUACCCUCCACGCAUUUGAUACCGAGACAGUCUAUUCACAACCAGAUUCCUCAUCAUGUUUCCCCACUUUGGAUCCGUUCCAGAUUCUUCAAACAAUUGAAUGAAGAAGGUGUCCUUAUACUAAAGGGAUUAGAUUCUAAGCUCUCAAAGAAUCUUCCAGCUGAUUUGCAGAAGCUCCGAUGUAAGGUAGCAUUCCAUGCAUUGAGAUUCGUAGCUCCAAUUCAGGAGCUUGGGAAUCAGCUGGCUAGGAGAAUGUGGAUUGAAGGUCCAUAUAUUGCCAUUCAUCUCCGGCUGGAGAAGGAUGUGUGGGUCAGAACUGGAUGCCUCACAGGUUUAGGUCCAGAAUAUGAUGAAAUCAUCACCAGGACUCAGGAGACUGAGCCAAAAUAUCUCACUGGGAGGUUGAACAUAAGCCACAGCAGACGGAGACUUUCUGGACUCUGUCCCCUUAAUGCAUUUGAAAUGGCAAGGCUUUUGAAGGCUUUAGGGGCACCAAGCAGUGCCAGAAUGUACCUUGCUGGAGGAAAGCCAUUUGGUGGAAGCAAGGCUCUGCAGCCACUUGCCGCAAAAUUUCCAAAUUUAGUGACAAAGGAGAUGUUGGCAAGAGAGGAUGAACUAUCACCAUACACCAAAAAGUCCUCAGCUCUGGCUGCCAUUGACUAUAUUGUCUCACUUAGCAGUGAAGUCUUCAUACCUUCCCACGGUGGAAACAUGGCCCGCACAAUGAAGGGUCACCGUUCUUUUAUUGGUCAUAGAAAGUACAUAACACCAGACAAGCGAGCAAUGGUUCCUUUCUUGGAAGAUUCAACCCUUUCAGAUACAGAAUUCAAAAGUCUCAUGACAAAGAUGCAUAGAAAAUCUCAGGGGCAGCCUGAGCCUAGGAACAAGAAGAGAGACAGAGAUGUGAUUGCAUACCCUGUGCCUGAGUGUAUGUGCAAACAUGGUUCAUCAAUUUUUUGAGCAACUCAAACAGUCAUGCUUACAUGCAUGCAAUCUGAGACUGAUUUGCCCUUA